CCGCCAGCUCGGAGUCUGCAGACGCAGCGCAGGCAGCAGCAGAAGCGGCGCGGCCGCCAAGGGGCCCCUUCCUCCUCCUCGGCCCAGCAAGUCUGCAGAUCACACAAACCUGGGAGGAACUGCAUGCGCAUCUAGAGGACUGGAUUAGCAUGCACGGUGAUGACAGCAGCAACAGAGGAGGGGACUGGCACUGACAUUCAGGAGAGGCAAACACAAAGCCAGGAAGGAAAGAACAAGUGAGGAGAUGCCCUGUAGGCAAGCUGGCACCAUGCCUGAGUUCUGGCUCCUCCUCUUCCUCUUCAAUGUGGCAGUGUCUGCCCAGGCGGACGAGCUGCUGGUGGCCACCCAGACAGGGCGGGUGCGUGGCACCCGGAUGCGGGUCCUGGAGGGCCACGUCUCGGCCUUCCUGGGCAUCCCCUUUGCUGAGCCCCCCGUGGGCAGGCUGCGUUUCCUGCGCCCGGAGCCUGUCAGGCCCUGGACCCAUGAGCUCGAUGCCUCCUCCUACCAGCACGCCUGCUACCAGCUGGUGGACAAUAGCUACCCAGGGUUCUAUGGGACGGAGAUGUGGAACCCAAACAGGAACAUGAGUGAGGACUGCCUGUACCUCAACAUUUGGGUGCCCUCCCCACGCCCCAAGAACGCCACUGUCCUGGUCUGGAUCUACGGGGGCGGCUUCUACAGUGGCUGUUCUUCGCUGGAUGUCUACGAUGGCCGGUUCCUGACCUACACCCAGAACGUGGUCUUGGUCUCCAUCAGCUACCGGAUCGGGGCCUUUGGCUUCCUGGCCCUCUUAGGGAGCCAGGAGGCCCCCGGCAACAUGGGCUUGUUGGACCAGCGCCUGGCCCUGCAGUGGAUACAAAGCAACAUCCAGUUCUUCGGGGGCAAUCCUAAAACAGUCACCAUCUUUGGAGAGAGUUCUGGAGCGGCCUCCGUCGGGAUGCAUCUCCUUUCAACUCAAAGCCGGUCUCUCUUCCAACGAGCCAUUUUGCAAAGUGGGGCCCCCAACGGGCCGUGGGCCACCAUCACCCCGGCAGAGAGCCGCCGCCGUGCCACUCUGCUGGGCAAGCGGGUGGGCUGCCACUUCACCAACGAUUCCGAGCUGGUGGGCUGCCUCCGCUCCAAGAAGCCUCAAGAGCUGAUCAAUGAGGAGUGGUCCGUCCUGCCCUACAAGAGCAUCUUCCGCUUCUCCUUCGUGCCCGUCAUCGAUGGAGACUUCUUCCCUGACACACCCGAAGCCAUGCUCAGCACCGGGAACUUCAAGGAGACGCAGGUCCUGCUGGGGGUGGUGAAAGACGAGGGCACCUACUUCCUCAUCUACGGGGCCCCCGGCUUCAGCAAGGACCACGAGAGCCUCAUCAGCCGGGAGGAUUUCCUGGAUGGGGUGCGGAUCGGUGUGCCCCACGCCAAUGACAUCGCUGCAGAGGCUGUGGUGCUGCAGUACACCGACUGGCGGGACGAAGACAACCCAGAGAAGAACCGGGAGGCCAUGGACGACAUUGUGGGUGACCACAACGUCAUCUGCCCAGUCAUGCACUUUGCCAGGCGCUACGCUGAGCACGGCAACAAGGUGUACACCUACCUCUUCGACCACCGGGCCUCCAACCUCAUCUGGCCCCUGUGGAUGGGCGUCCCCCAUGGCUACGAGAUCGAGUUUGUCUUUGGGCUGCCUCUGAACGACAGCCUCAACUACACGGCAGAGGAGAAGGAGCUGAGCAGGAGGAUGAUGCGCUACUGGGCCAACUUUGCCCGCACGGGGAACCCCACAGACCCCUCAGGGAAGGAGGCCACGUGGCCUGCCUACACUCCGUCGGAGCAACAGUACGUCAAGCUCAACACCCAGCCACUGAGUGUGGAUCGCAGCCUCCGUGCCCAGAUCUGCGCCUUCUGGACCCACUUCCUGCCCAAACUACUCAAUGUGACAGAUAAUAUUGAGGAGGCCGAGCGCCAGUGGAAGCUUGAGUUCCACCUCUGGAGCGCCUACAUGAUGCACUGGAAGAGCCAGUUUGACCACUACAGCAAGCAGGACCGCUGUGCAGAGCUGUGAGGCGGAGGGGCGCAGAGGGAGCACUCACCACGGAUCCAGCCGGCCACCAGCCCAACACUCAGCCCAAGCUCACUGGUGACACCACCCACAACAAUCAUCAGUACCCGACCCAAUCAUUGUGCUCACAACCAUUCAAUGCAACCUCCCCCCAGCCAAGCAGACCUAAUGCCCCCCCCCGGUACCCCCCCAUCUGACCAGCCAGCCAGAAGACUACAGACAAGAGUCCUGCUCAGGAAGCACAAGUGAUAGUCAGCCAACCCAAGCAGCCGUUCAAGAUUCACCCAGGCCUAGCAAGCGCCUGCCAGUGUGCCAACCCCUAACCGUCCCUGCAACAACCCGGCGCCCUCCACAAAUCCAAUCCCCACUUACAUCUCCACCUCAUAGAAUAGUAGAGUUGGAAGGGGCCUGUAAGGCCAUCAAAUCCAACCCUCUGCUCAAUGCAGGAAUCCCAAUCAAAGCAUUUCCCACAGAUGGCUGUCCAGCUGCCUCUUGAAGGCCUCCAGUGUCAGAGAGCCCACCACCUCUCUAGGUCAUUGGAUCCAUUGUUGUAUGCCACUUAGGAAGUUUUUCCUGAUGUUCCUGAUCUCUCCCCAAAAGAAAUAUGGCAGCAAGUUGAUCUACUGCUUUGAUAUUGAGGUGUGUGUGAGAGAACACCCCUGCUCUCUCCCCAGUGCCAUCUCAUGCCCCCCUUGUCACCAGACACAUACCCCAACCAUCACCCAGGUGUAGCAUAUCCCAAACCCUCCCCUUGGUGUUCACUCCUCUUUGCUGUCUGGGAUUUCCUGUCAACUCUCCCCAACUCUUUGCUGUGAUCUGUAUAUAAAGUUUAUUUAAAGGCGGGGGGAAAUGUGAUAAAUAAAUACAUAAAUAUAUAUAUAUAUAUAUAUAAAUAUAAAAAUAUAUAUUUGAAUUGUAUAGCAACUGGAGCUACAGGCAACCCAUGCUGCCCACCCCUCAUCCCUGCUGCCUUAUUUUGCUGAUUCCCAUUUGCCCCCAAUUUCCCACUCAUGUCACAAGACACCCCAAGAUAAGCCAUCUCUCAGAGUCCCCCCAGGGUUCCUAUGCUUGGGUCAGCUCCAGGGACCCCCACCCAAAGUAACUCCUCUCCUUCGUCUGUUUGCCCUCAAAGGCCCACUGGCCGUCCCACUCCCCGACCGAUGCGCCAGGACUCAAGAAUCCCUUGGGAAAGGGAGAUGGAGGAAACUACCCCCAAACUCCUGGUGAGCUGGGUUCCCCAAGUCAGUUCCGCCCCCCCCCCAUUCACCUCCUCUGCCUGCAUGGCCGGCACCUGUAGAACUCCAAGCUGUGUGCGACAGUCCUCCCCGCAACACCCAAUAAUAAUAAAAAGGGUUAAAUCCUAAAUGGUGUCGCUGUGUGUGGCGUGGGCACUGGGUGGAGGCGAGGCAGCUUGUGUUUGGGAGAGGAUGCCAGGGGGCGAGUAUGAGGCUGCAGCCUGCAACACUCAGCCAAUGGGAAAAGGUGAGAAGAAUCUGUCAAGACCAUUUUGGCUGAAAAAGAUUAAUAUCAUUCUGAGAAUGAAGGAGCCCAGCUGAGCAGUGGUGUCACCCGGUGCGGUAACUCCUUGGCGAGCCCCCAAAUGUGUUGCGCAUAAGGCCAGCUACCCAUGUCCCUGGGAGGGCGCACGCCGGAGGGGCACCCAGCCAGAGAAGCAGGCCUGGGAAU